GUACAGAGAGCGGGAAACUGUCUGAGACUCAGGGCCAUGAUGAUGAAUCUAGGUGUCCUGAAACGGAGGAAUCAGCUGAAUCUUUAAGUAUGGAGACAGCUAUGUGUACUCAAUCUUUGGUGGCUGAGAGUGAAGAAUUGCCACAGCCUGAAUGUAGAGAUACAAAUGCUGAGUCAUCUUUGAUAGAAGAGUCUAGUCAGUCUACAUGCAUUGAAAGUGGUGAAUCAAUUGAGUGUGCCUGUGGCACUGAAGAAUCAGAACCAAAACUGAAUCCAAAAGACGAUACACCAGUCCUGUCUGUGUGUACUGAAAGUGGAGAAACAAUCCAACCUUUGUGUGGCCACAAACAAUCAGAACCACCUUUGUGUCAGGAAAGUGAGGAACUUGUUCCAUCUUUGUGCUCAGAGAGUGGACAAUCAACUCACUCAGGAUCAAUUAGUGACGGCGAAGGACUGGAACCGUCUCAGACCCAAGAAGGACAGCCUCUGUGCGAGGAAUCGGCUCAGCCAGACACUCCUGCCAGCGUCCCAGAGGCAGCCAGCUGCCCGAGCCGCUCCCAGCCCAUGACUGACAGCAGCGCCACGGUGCCCAUCGCCGCCAGCAAGGACACCUGCUCCGCCAGCCUGACCAACCAGUGGGAGUUGGAGGAGACAGCGCCUGACGGUACCGCUCAUCCCGCCGAGCUCCCGAGCGAGCACAACAUGACAACCGAGGGAGAACACUCCGGAAGCCCUGAGCAGCUCACGUCGACCGAACCCCAGAGACUGAUGUCUAAGGAGACGCAGACGGAGGUUCUGGGUGAGGCUUCUGCCACGUCUCAGACACAGCCUGAUCAAGAGAAGACAGCUGUGGAAGUCAACAGUGCAGCUCACUGUGAUCAAACAUGCUGUACAGCUGCACAGGAGGAGCAGGCGGAGGGGACGACCCGUGGCGACGAGGCAGCAGACGCGGCGCCCGUACUCGGUGCCACGGGCGAGAGCCACAGGCCGAACGGAGGUCUGGAGAGUCCAGGCGAUCGGACUUCAGGUGAUGACCUCACCGGCGACAGCCAGGAUGAAGUGGCAGAUAACGAGGCACGGCAGAGCGACACCUCCGGCUCUGGCUCGUCUCCUUCGGGAGCCACACCCUCCACGACCCGCCGCAAGAAACCUCGGCAGAGCCACAGCUUCACCAAGUCCAAGUUCAGCACCGUCUCCUACCGCAAGAUCCGCAGAGGCAACACCCGGCAGAGGAUUGAUGAGUUUGAGGCCAUGAACAUGUAGACUACAUUCAAAGAGUAUGCACUCACAUAUCCAUAUAUGGUUAAAACCCUGGCAAUUGGGUACCCACCACCAUGACUAACUAGUAAUGAUUAUUCAGUCAUCUGGGAAUAAGACCAAUAUAAAUAUGUGCCUUUUGCAUGGUGACAGAAGCUUGUCUGGACAGAGAUUUAUAUCUGAAUAUCAAUCAGCGGAUAAGAUUUAAGUAUGUUACACAGUCGACACGAUAUCCUGAACUGCAAUACGUUAUAUAAGGUAGGAUAGUGGUAUACAUAAGACCAAAAUGGUUAUGUAAAUGCUAUAAAGAAAACUAAGGCGUGUCAUCCUACUUGUGAGCAUUAACAUGAUGAUUACAAAUGGUAGUGGAUAUUA